AUGAAAUACACUUGGCAACAAUUAAACUAUUUUAGAGCCUGUCACAUCGCCUUCAACUUAAUUCCUGAAGGGCUUCGAACUGUCUUCAAACAAGAGUGGGAUUUCCUUUACAAGGCAACAGCGUUUGGAGAAUGGAACGAAACCCCCCAAAAUGGCCUCGAUUUCUGCAACAGAGAAUCAACAAGUACCCACCUAAGAAAUGCUCGAGUUUUAGCGACAAUACGAAGGGGAAACACGGCAGAGUGGGACACUGUCUGUCUAUUUUUUGCAAUAUUAUACUCGGAUUCUAUUGGCAGGAGACUGAGUCCGCUAGUAAGAAACGGAGUUGACGAUCUUCGACAAUUUCGAAACAACAUCGUUCACACCCUUGAGGGCAAACUUACUGAUGUUGAAUUCCAAAAUUAUGUUGCAAUAGUGUUAGCUGCUUUCACAUCAUUGAGUCUUCCAACUUAUGAGGUUGACGAUAUUAGAAAGCAGACCGACUUUCCCCUGACAGCCGACGUAGAUGCUUUGAAAGUACAGGCUGAUAACCUUAACGUUGACUUACAAACGAAAGAGCAAGAAGCCUAUAAUUUAACCUCAGAAUUACAGUCGAAGAAGAAAGAAGUUGAGACCCUAACUCAUGAAAUCAAUUCCAAAGUCGAGUCUUUUUGUAUUCUUACAUCAUGUAAGCCAUCACAUCCCAUCAUCAGACGUGUAAACGAUGUCACAAGAAUCAUGAAAAAACUAGACGAGCUGCAAAAUGACAGCAAAGGAGUCAUCAGUACCGUCUAUUUAUCAGGGAUUCCGGGCUGUGGCAAAAGUCAAAUCGCUCGGCAAGUGGGUCAGGAAAUCUUCGACAAGAGGUGGCGUGAAGGCGAAGACCUAACAUUUGUUGCAACCCUGAAUGCAGAAACACUCGAUUCACUUGCAAAGUCCUACUGUAGACUGGCCAGACAUUUUGGGAUUACAGAUAACGCUUUGGCUAAGCUAGAGGCUUCGAGAAACCUCCCUGAAAAAAUCGAGUAUCUAAAGACAUUAAUUUUUUCUAAGACAAAACAAUUCUCUAACUGGCUGAUAAUUGUAGAUAAUGUUGUCGACCUAUCUUCGGUCCAAGGUGAUCUGCCUCCUAGCGGCAGGAAGGAAUUGGGUCAUGGUCAGGUGUUAAUAACUACUCAAGAUAUCAGUUCAAUACCCGUCAAUGCUCCUCUUACUUACCAUGAGUCUCUCAGCAAAGGAAUGCAUCUAGAUGAAGCAGUGAACCUGUUACGACACGUAUCCAAGAUCCAGAAUCAAGAAGAGGCUGAGAAGGUUGCUGAGGUUCUUGAGUAUCAUCCACUUGCUUUAGUAGCCGCUGCCUUUUAUGUGCAAACCGUUGUGGUCAAUGGUUCUCCAAACUAUUGUUGGGCAAACUACCUGCGCAUGGAAACACCUCGCCGCCUUGGAUUUCCUUGCCAUAUUUCGUUGGCCGUCGAAGAGCUGAUUAGAAGUGAUAGAUUUUUUAAACACCUGUUUACUUUACUUUCCCUCCACGCACCGGAACCGCUAAACGAAGGCGCAGCAAUAAAUCAUAUUAUGAACAUGGAAGAAUGUGUUGAUGAAGUGGAUGAGAAGCAAAUCCGCACGAGAUUCAGAAAAUGUUCGUUGUUGCUGUAUGAACAGCUUUCUGGAGGGAAUGUCGUUCGUGUACACCCGAUUGUUCUUGAUGCUAUCAAAAAUGUGAUAGGUGCGUAUCCAGAGAGUCAAACGCCACAAUUUCCAAGUGAGGUUAAAGCACGAGGGCGAAAAGCAAUGCUGGCCUACGAAAAUGCUUUGAAGACUGGAAACGUUAAGGUAUACCGUGCUCGAAUCAUGUUCAUAGGUCAAGAUCGAGCAGGCAAGACUAGUUUGAAAAACUCUUUCUUAGGUCUUUCAUUCGAUCCCAAGCAGCAGAGCACUGACGGAAUUGAACUGGACUUGUCAAAAUUCGAAGUCGACGUCGAUCAAGUAAGCAACUGGAAAUGCACUGAUGAAAAACAAGGUGUGUCUAAAUUUGUACCCAAUCUUGUGAGAAUGGUAGCUGGAAAACUCAAACAAGAAGAAACAAGGGUGGAUCCAGCUCAGGAUGAUAAAAAGGAGAAAACAGUGGGUCAGGUUAGUGUCUUCAAAUAAAGACUUACAAAAUAAGACGUAGAUAUCGAUUAACAAUUAAAAAGGCUGGUUUUCAAUAGCGACAGAGUGUAGAACUUUGUGAUCUAGUGAAAACAGCGUUCUAAUUCAGCUUACGACUCCGUCUUUUACGAUCAAGUGAAAACUAGGUUGUCGCCAGCAGAAGCGGAAGAACUAAACCAAUCGCAAAGCGAGUGAACGUGUAUUGUGAUUGGUUAAUCCAUCCGCUUCUGCUUUCGACUCCCACAAUCUGGUUUUCACUAGAUCGUAAACGACGGAGUCAUAAGCGGAGUCAGAAGAAAAUGGAAACGCUCUGAUUCUUCCGACUACUAUUUCGACGCGCUUAUAACUCUUCUCUGCUUACGACUCCCAU